UUUAUUCAAGCUUUCCUUUGCAGCGUGUUCUUUGUUUUCUUUUGCAUUGGAUCACAGGUGAACUAUAAGCUUCGCAAGCUGGCAGAAACUAUAGGACCUGAUGCAGGGAGGUUUAAGCGACUGGCAAACUCGGUAGAAGAAUUUACUUACCGUUUACUGGAUCCGCUUAAAACUAACUCAGAUUGGUGUAGACAAUUUGGAGACUAUUCCCUGGAUGAAAUGUUGAACGACGCCAUUGAAUUCAAACAAAAAAAGGUGGGGAAUAAAUAGUUUGAUAAUGUCGUAGUUAACUCCCGAUAACUCGAACCAAAAUCGAUUUUCCCUGGAUUUCCUUAAUACAUUUACUGUAAUUUAACCCUUGCUAACUCGAAUCGAUCGUGUACUGCAGUGCGAAACAUUAAAUUUAUUAAAAAACAUCAGUGUCAAUCGUCAAUUCUUUGUCUUUGAUGCCUUUUCUUCGGUCCAAGACAAAUACCGUGUCCAGCACUCUAUAGUGAUCAGAAGAAAAGGGGAGAUCACUAGAAAGUUAGCAUAACUGGUACAUUUCGCCGAUGAGGGAAACUGAAAUGGGUCUGACACAUUUCUUGUUUUGUGUAAUAGUUUUAUUUGGUGGUUUCUGGGAUGGAAAUGAACGUUCAUAAGAGAUCAUUACACUCGCGUCUCCUUUCGCGUGCGGCUCGUGUGUGACUUCUCGCGACUCACCCAAUAGCGUACCGCGCGGAUGACGUCGAAGUGACUAAUUUGCAUUUUUUGUCUGAGUUUUGUCAUUUUUCUUAUUUCAAUGACAAAAGACAGGCAAGCAUGACAUUUUAAUGUCAAAAGUGAGACAAAAGUGAGGAAGUCACUAAUGUUAAUUUUAGUUUGUUUGUCUAAGUUUCGGGUCUAAAAAUAGUAACUGCGGGCAGCACUAUAAGACAGCUUGCUUGCAGGCUAGGCAAAUCCAUAUAUGGGCAACGAUUACGUCUCUUUCUCUAUCUUUUUUCAGCUGUUCACUCACCCAGCUGUGCACAGUGAAAUGAAUCGCAAGUGGCAUGGUCGUGCUUUAGAGCAGUGUAAACCUUGGCAGCUUAACUUCCUCACGGUUUGGUGUUUGUUUGACCUGGUGUUUUCUCCAAUCCUUCUUGCGGUAUUCUCUUUGUGGAGAAACUGGACACCAGGUACAACAUAUUAAAUAGCUUAUUGUCAAGAGCGUUAACUGUUUUGAGGUUAGUAGCUAAACACAUCGACCUAGUAGCUUUAUUACUAAUUAUAAAAUAAGUAAGAUAGUACGCGCGUUCUGAUUGUUUAAAAACCUAUGAUUUAUUGUGCCGGUAAACGCAUAAGAAAAAUAAACGACUCCGUUUUUCUUAAAGUUAUUUUAUAACAGCAAUAGACCACACUUUCUAUGGGUUUACCGGCAUGAUAACCCACUUGGGAUAUUGGGAGAACACUCGAAAAGCUUUUAAAUCACUUGCCUUCGGCUCUUGAUUUACAACCUUUUCUCAUCUUCUCCCCGCCUGGGUUAUCACGCCGGUAAACCCAUAGAAAGUGUGGUCUAUUGCUUAAAUAAAACUGCCCGUCAUUGUUGGAAUUAUAGCUCAACCGUUAAGAAUUUCAUGAAUGACUCAGAACAUAUUCUUUAUGCAGAUUAUGCGCAAUUCAUUCUUAUUAGUAGAGGUGAAAACAAGGAAAGGUUCCAAACAUCAAAUAUGGAAUAUCUUUCUUAGUUCUCACAACUUUUCAGAAACUUAAGAAUUAAGUACAUGCUUGUUAUUUUGCUUAAGUUGCCCUGACCUAGUCUUUUAGAACAAGAAGUAUUUUCGUCAAAUAUGGACUUGAAAAAACUCAGGUAAAUUAAGGCCUGGACCCAAAUCUAUUUUAUGAAAAUAAUUAAAGGGGGUGGUCUAAAACUUGAUCCAUUUUAUAUAAUCCUGAAUAACUCUGGGAUAUCGUUGACAGUAAUACUCGGUUGUGAAACCUUAAAUGCUGUUUUGGAUUAUAUAUUGUCAAGUAACAUGUCAAAAUUGUUUUCAGCUGAAAACUGAACUUCCCAGCUAAACGGCAGUCUGGUGGCUGCAUUUAGGUUUAUGUUGAUGACACCUAAAGGCACAUCAUCUCUGUCCUUGGAAAUUGGGAGAUAGUUUUUCAUUGGGGAAGUGGGCACUAGUAUAAAAUGCCGUAUACAGUCAACUCCCUCUAACACGGACAUCUUUGGGACCGGCAGUAAGUGUCCGUCGCAGAGAGAUGUCUGUCUUAUAGAGAGUCAACUAAAGGGAGUAAAGAAAGGAAGAAACCAACUCUAGGUGUCCGUUUUACAGAGGUGUCCGUCUUAUAGAGGUGUCCGUUAAGAGAGAGUCGACUGUAUUUUCAAAACCAAAGAUAUUUGAUGAAGGCCAAGCACAGUUUGUUUUCUUUUACUAUUUUGACUAAUCUAAUAGAGACAAACUUAAGGAACUGUAAUUAUAAACUGUUGCGAUUUUUGCUUUUGAAUUUUUGGCAGUGACAUGUCACGUGAUCUUAUUUGCAGGCGUCCACAUCUGCCAAAGUUUAUGGUUCUUAUGAAUAAACUUUCAAACGUUGGACCACUUUUGUGUGCAGUAGCUUGAAUAAAUGAAGCUUGAGAAAACAGACGACAUUUCGUUACGCUACCAACGGUUUCCCUGCAAAAAUAGAAAUUUCAUGCAUUCACAUAAGACAAUUGUUUUUCACGAUACGAAAACAACGGUACAAAAACUUAUUUUGGACUUCUCAACGACUCAAAUUUUUGAUUUUCAGAAGAGACGGAAGAGGGAGGAGUCCAGCCUUUAACAGUCUCCAGAGUGUACCUGGCUUUCCUGGAAUCUCCUAAAUACAAGUUUUUGCGUGAUACACUGAGUUACAUAAUCAUGCUUGUCCUUCACUACGCCCUCUGUCUGUCACCUUCAUCCAUUGCGUUCAGUGGAUUAGAGUGGGCCAUCCUCGCUUUCUACAUCGGUCGUUACUUAGUAGAGUUGAAGCAAAUUUCGGGCGUUAAGCAAUUUUUAACACGAUCAAGACAAAAAGAGGACGAUAAUACUGGGCUUAGCUGUCUCAAGUUAUUUUCAGUAUAUUUCAGGUAAAGAAGUAGGAAUGAACGAGUCCAAAGAAGAUAGACACGUUGGAAAAAGUUCUUGAAUAGUUUAUACACUGGCUUGAUAAGAACUACGCCUAUUCUUUAUAUUCGUUCAAAUAUAUAAACACCGUGUCCUUCGGCUAAGAAUCUGCCAGAGGGUGAGCUGGUUUUUUUCCCGGCAUAAGUUCCUCGAAAAAAAGUCGACAUUAUACGAGAGAGCCAGUAUUCUAACAUUUUACUAUUAUACUAUUUUACUAUCUUUUUUAAUCAGUUCUUAUCUGGAAGCGGGCGAUCAAAAUUCUCCAGCUAUUUUCUGAUUACUCGCACUACCAAAUUAGUUGACGGCGCCACCGGCUUUGUAUGACGUCAUUCGUGCAAUCUUAAUUUAUUAUUACACGAUUUACGUUAUUCCUCUGAUGAUGUCAGUUAUUGGACAAUUGACAUAAAUCUUACACAUGUGGUGCCUUGGCGCCUAAUAAAAAUUUUACCGGGGAUCAGAAACUUAACGAAGAUAGAUUUUGAAUCAAAAUUAAUAUUCCCGAUUAUGUUUUAGAACAUUUGCACAAGGAACAAUGGGGCUUAAAACUCGGCCAUGUUUGAUUAUAUGUAAAGAAUGACGCUCAUUAAUGGAGCUAUGUCAUGGCUGGCUUGUUUUGUGAAUAAAAUGCCAGUUACACGUCCUUAUUCGCUAUGAAAUUUGAUGUUUUUGAUGUAAAUGACAAAAUCUUAGCUUUGUAUCCCCUACGUAUUAUAUCAAACGUUACAAGCAACAAAAAUGAACUUGAAAGACUGUUAGAAAGGCUAACAAGUUUUCAAAAACGUCAAUUGCAAUCUUUUUCAAUAUUCUUCGAAUUUGUUCAUCCGUUCUAAAAAAAUCCUUUGAAGUUGUUGCGCUAUUUAAACCUUCUUGAAACGUUUCGAGUUUUACUCAAUUUGGUGGCAGUUUCCACUGUUUGAAUUUUGGUAAAUUUUUCUGACACAGCACCUUUAAAUUUAAUUUUUUGUUUUACUCAGCUGAGUCAUAGCAACUUCGAAGUGAUUGUUCUUUGUUUUUAUUUUGAUUUAGUGACUGUUGGAACAGGUUUGACGUUGCAAGUCUUGUAAUCUACUUUAUAAUCCUGAUAUUGCGAAUUGCCACUUGGGUCACUGGUGGAUCAGUUGCAAACAACAGAACCCUCGUUAUUGCUGGCUAUCUGUACAGCUUUAACACCUUGUGUCUUACUCUCCGAGCUUUUGGCCAGGUGAUGGAACAACAAAAAGAUGUUGGCACCAUCCAGAUCGCCCUUUUUAGCAUCCUUAGAGACGUUCGGACAGUACUAUGGCAGUUUCUUGCGGUAAUCUUGGCAUUCUCCAUCGCUAUUACGAAGAUUUAUAUGUCCGAGAGAUCGUUUAUUGCCAAUAAAAGUGAACGACAUGAAAUGUAAGAGCCCAUUUGCUCAGAUUCAUCUUAGAAUUGAUACGCAUUGUGGGCGUAAAUACUUGCUGCAAAUAAGCAUCUUUAAUUUAUUAAAAGAUGACUCAUUUGCCCCCAGCUUGCAAGAGGUUAAAGUCUUCUCGGUUUGUAGUUGUUCAAAAACUGUCGUCUUCUAGAGCGAUCUCUCUCGGCGGAAAAAGAGUAACCGAAUUCUUCCCAAGCUCAUACUGUCACGCACCGCAAUGUCCAAUUUGUUCACUUAUUUGAGAGAGAUGAGAUAGAAGCAAGACUGAUGAGACAAGAUUUGUCUGCUACGGUACCUUUCGUUUUCGAGAACUAAAAGUCAUAUCUACCAUCAUCAAUUCUAAAUUCUAGCUAAGUUAUACAUUCUCCUUUAAUUUACCUCUGGCACUGCAAACUACGUUACAGAAGUCUACUCAAAUAAACGAUGUUGAUAAAAGUCACAUAUUAAUUACAUAUAUUGCUUUGUUUUUUAGUGCUUGCAAGAAACCUGGUCUUCCAUGGUAGGUAACAUGCUUAUACGGAAACGACCGAGAAAACGAGGCUAAGAACACGAUCGAAAUGUAUCAGUGGGAAGGGGGUAUGAGGGAUUAGAGGAAGUGCAGCCACCUUGUCUUGUAAAAAAGAGGGGGGCUUAAGCUUUCAUCGGACAGCAGAUCUCACGAUUAAGGGUUGAGGAUUUUUUCAAAGUGGUGCAACGUAUACCAUGUCAUACUGGAAUGUGUUGAGCCUUGACUUUCACAUCGCAAACGCAAUGGUCCCUUGGGAUAGAAACUGGUACAGAAAAGUUUUAAUGUAUAUUUCACAAUCUUUUUCAUCUAAACAAGAUCACGUAGAUGCAUCUGCAUGCUGCAGUAAAAUUUGCUAUCUAAAAGUGAAUAACGAUAAUGUUUUAUUUUAACUUUUCAAAAAGAGAAGCAAACGAAGAAUUUUAAUCACAUUAUUUUGUCUUUCCCCCAUGCUUCAGCAUGAAACAACAUGGGGAUACAUUUUACCACAUAGUACCAGGUCGAUCCUGGCGCCAUAUGUUUUCUGCAUUCAGUGAUAAAUGCACAAGGUUGUAUUUGUUACUAGCCCUAGGGUCUUCCUAGCUGAGAGGUAUGAAGAUCCUAGCACGAUCGAAGUGGAUCGAUCCUAGCACCAUGUAAACUGCUUUGGCAAGGAAGAUACCAGUAACAAACCAGUCUAAAAAAAAUGGCGGCGGCUCGUUCAGUGGGUAUCACACAAUAAAGGCCGACAAUUUUGGUGGGUGUUGUCACCACCUAAUGAUUGUGAUAAUUCUGCUGAAACAUAGUUACUAACGCAAGCAAAGAGAGCAGCCCGCCAUCUUNUGAAAUGUAAGAGCCCAUUUGCUCAGAUUCAUCUUAGAAUUGAUACGCAUUGUGGGCGUAAAUACUUGCUGCAAAUAAGCAUCUUUAAUUUAUUAAAAGAUGACUCAUUUGCCCCCAGCUUGCAAGAGGUUAAAGUCUUCUCGGUUUGUAGUUGUUCAAAAACUGUCGUCUUCUAGAGCGAUCUCUCUCGGCGGAAAAAGAGUAACCGAAUUCUUCCCAAGCUCAUACUGUCACGCACCGCAAUGUCCAAUUUGUUCACUUAUUUGAGAGAGAUGAGAUAGAAGCAAGACUGAUGAGACAAGAUUUGUCUGCUACGGUACCUUUCGUUUUCGCGAACUAAAAGUCAUAUCUACCAUCAUCAAUUCUAAAUUCUAGCUAAGUUAUACAUUCUCCUUUAAUUGACCUCUGGCACUGAAAACUACGUUACAGAAGUCUACUCAAAUAAACGAUGUUGAUAAAAGUCACAUAUUAAUUACAUAUAUUGCUUUGUUUUUUAGUGCUUGCAAGAAACCUGGUCUUCCAUGGUAGGUAACAUGCUUAUACGGAAACGACCGAGAAAACGAGGCUAAGAACACGAUCGAAAUGUAUCAGUGGGAAGGGGGUAUGAGGGAUUAGAGGAAGUGCAGCCACCUUGUCUUGUAAAAAAGAGGGGGGCUUAAGCUUUCAUCGGACAGCAGAUCUCACUAUUAAGGGUUGAGGAUUUUUUCAAAGUGGUGCAACGUAUACCAUGUCAUACUGGAAUGUGUUGAGCCUUGACUUGCACAUCGCAAACGCAAUGGUCCCUUGGGAUAGAAACUGGUACAGAAAAGUUUUAAUUUAUAUUUCACAAUCUUUUUCAUCUAAACAAGAUCACGUAGAUGCAUCUGCAUGCUGCAGUAAAAUUUGCUAUCUAAAAGUGAAUAACGAUAAUGUUUUAUUUUAACUUUUCAAAAAGAGAAGCAAACGAAGAAUUUUAAUCACAUUAUUUUGUCUUUCCCCCAUGCUUCAGCAUGAAACAACAUGGGGAUACAUUUUACCACAUAGUACCAGGUCGAUCCUGGCGCCAUAUGUUUUCUGCAUUCAGUGAUAAAUGCACAAGGUUGUAUUUGUUACUAGCCCUAGGGUCUUCCUAGCUGAGAGGUAUGAAGAUCCUAGCACGAUCGAAGUGGAUCGAUCCUAGCACCAUGUAAACUGCUUUGGCAAGGAAGAUACCAGUAACAAACCAGUCUAAAAAAAAUGGCGGCGGCUCGUUCAGUGGGUAUCACACAAUAAAGGCCGACAAUUUUGGUGGGUGUUGCCACCACCUAAUGAUUGUGAUAAUUCUGCUGAAACAUAGUUACUAACGCAAGCAAAGAGAGCAGCCCGCCAUCUUUAAUUUCUUCUCUACUUGGUAACCACAGGGACCGAAAUUUCUGCAUGUAAACCAGUUGAAAGUUGAGUUGGGUUUUUCCACCUUUUAGGAUCUUUUUAUUGCUAGGGUCUUCUUCUGUCCAUGUAAACAGACCCUAAACAAAACCCUAUAUAUAUAUAUAAGUUCACGGAAGUUCAGGUUUCACGAGUAAUCAUCGUUUGAUUGCUACAGAACUGUUUCGUAUAGUGCAAGGACCACACUCAUCAGGCAAUUUUGACGACUGAACUGUUCAACUGUCAGUCGUCAAAAUUGCCUGAUGAGUGUGGUCUUUGCA